CUGCCAAACAGCUGAUCCUCCAAAGUUUUGUUUUUAUUUUUGCAAGGGCGAUUUCAUAUCAUUGAGUUAACCAACUUUAAAUGCUAAGACGCACAAUGGCGGAGUUCGACGUUAAAGCCGGCUUGCAGCACGUGUUGAAGCGCAUUGACGAGGUGCUCGUCCAGCGGCCCAAAGAAGUUCAAGCUGCCCGGCCCCUGCUCGUUGCUGUGAGCAAAACAAAGCCAGCGGAGGCCGUAAUCGAGGCCUACGAGGACGGACAAAGGGACUUCGGUGAGAACUAUGUGCAGGAGCUGGAGGAGAAGAGCCGCCACCCGGACAUUCUGGCCAAGUGCCCCGACAUCAGGUGGCACUUCAUAGGCCACAUGCAAAGCAACAAGAUCAACAAGAUCCUUUCUGUGCCAAAUCUGCAUAUGAUCCAGACCGUAGACAGCGAGAAGUUGGCCACCAAACUGGACGCAGCCUGGUCUAAGCGACAGCCUACCCCUGAGGAGCCAUUGCAGGUGCUCAUCCAGAUCAACACCAGCGGUGAAGACGUUAAGAGCGGAAUAGAGGCGAAAGAUGCCCCUGCACUCUACCAGUACAUCAAGAGCAACCUUAAACACCUCAACCUGAUGGGCAUAAUGACCAUUGGUGCAUUUGGGUUUGACUACGCCAGUGGACCCAAUCCGGAUUUCGUGUCUCUAAUGCAGGUGCACCGAACCAUAUGUGAGGCGCACUCUUUGGCCCCGGACUCGGUGCUCGUCUCCAUGGGAAUGUCCCACGACUUCGACAAGGCAAUCGAAAUGGGCAGCACAGUGGUGCGCGUUGGCUCUUCUAUUUUCGGCCAUCGGGCGUCCAAGGCGUAAGGAGGGGAGCGGAGCUGAGAUGUGAUAGGAAUGCGUUGCGGGCCCUGAAUACAGCCGAUUCCCAAUGACGUCCGACCUCCCGACUGAACAGCCUCCAAGUUCGCCCAUGUAUCAGGUGGAACUGGGUAUAUUCAUACAGACUAACCUAGUAAAUCAGCAAAUCAAAGAUGAUUUUGCGUUUAAAUUUAGAAACCCUUUAGAUAAACAAAUGUUAUGUGUAGGCUGUUAUUUGCCUUAUUUGAUUGUUAACCCUCCAUAAACAAUGCUUUCAGAGUGUCGAACCCAUUUAUAUUCCCAGAUACAUUCUGCACCUUGGAAAAUUGAAUACAUUUGCCGCAGUUUUCAUUAAUUUUAACA